CUGCGCAAAAAGUGAAACAGUCGUAUCAGAGAGGAAGGAAGAAUCGCUACAACGGGGGAUUUAUAAACGUGGAUUUAUGUGUACUCAUUAAUCGACCGUUUUUUUUGGAUUUUCUCUCAAGUGCGAUGUUACAGGAUUAUAACGCAAUUCCCUUUUCUGAAGAGGAUCUCUUCACUGCAGGUGCAGCUCUCCUCGAUCCGGAGUCUCGCGGAAUCCGAGGGUAACGCGGCCAGAAUCGUUCCAGGGCGGGGACUCCGUGGCGGUCGCCGGGAUGCUACGGCAGAGCAACAGCGCUGGGAAUAAGCGCUCCCUAGGCAUCUCGCGGCUCUCCAACUCGCACUUCUUCCCCCUGUCGGGCGGAUCGGGGACCUGGGGCAUGGGCCGCACCACCAAGAGCAGCUCUCUGAGCUCGGUGAGCUCCGGCUCGGACGGCGCCGUGGAUAUCCGGGCUGUGGACCCCGACUACAUCAUGCAGCUGGUCAAUGACGUGCGCAAGUUCGCCGACGUACUGCUGCGGCUCAAGGAGGCCUUUAAUUCUGAAGAAAAUCAAGACUGUUUACACCGGGUGGUGCAUGAGCGUCUGGGGGAGCUUCUACGGGUCCUGAAAGCUGUCAUCGGCAAACAUCAGACUCUUAACUCUGUGGACAUCCUCAGUGCGGCAGGGACUGUCAUCGCCAAGGUCAAAGGUGUGAAUUUCAAAGAGGUGAAAGAGGAAAAUAAACAGAACCUUUUUGGAGAGAUAUAUGCUUCUAUCGACACGUUGGCGUUUACUUUUGGCAAUGUAGUGUCUGACUUCCUUAUGGGAGAUGUAGACAGCGGAUCAGCGCUGGGCCUCUUGGAGACCAGGAGGACGCGGUCUUUCGAGAACCUCUCGGUGGAGUCCGGAGCAUCUGUUCCGGAGAAAGAUGACCUGGCAGGGCCCCCGCCGCCGCCCCGCGCCGAGGAGGUGGACGAGGCGCUGCUGACCAGCGACAGCGGCGUGGAGUCGGCCCUGCUCUACGCCAAGGCCUGGUCCAAGUACACCAAAGAUGUCCUGAGCUGGGUGGAGAAGAGGCUGAGCCUGGAUAUUGAAUGUGCGAAAGGCUUUGCUAAAAUGGCAGAAUCUGCAAAGACACUUGCAAGCCAACAGGAUUACAUGCCAUUCCGGGAAAUCUAUAUAUCCGCUUUUAAGAACGACAUCGAGUACAGUCAAGUUCUGCUCCAGACGGCUUCAGCUCUUCAGUCCAACAAAUUCAUUCAGCCCCUGUUGGCUCGCAAGAAUGAGCUUGAUAAACGGAGGAAAGAAAUCAAAGACCAGUGGCAGAGGGAGCAGAAGAAAAUGCAGGAGGCAGACAGCGCUCUGAGGAAGGCCAGACUCCUGCAGGCUCAGAGGAGGGAGGAGUACGACAAGGCCCGCGUCUCCACCAGCCGGGCUGAGGAGGAGCAACUGGCGGGAGGAGGCAAGCAGCUGGAGAAGAGGAGGAGAUUGGAGGAGGAGGCCCUGCAGAAGGCAGAAGAGGCUAACGACCACUACAAAGCCUGUGUGGCAGACGUGGGGGUGAAGAGGAUCGAGCUAGCCAACGGCAAAAGCGAAAUCCUGACGCAGAUCCGCGAGCUGGUGUUUCAGUGUGACCUGACUUUGAAAGCGGUGACGGUGAACUGGUUCCAGAUGCAGCAGGCCCAGGUCGUCUCUCUCCCGGUCAACUACCAGUCCCUCUGUGAGAACGCCAAGCUGUACGAGCCGGGGCAGCAGUAUUUGGAGUUUGUCAAGAACCUGCCCAAAGACGCAAGUCGGCUGGAGUCUUUCUCCUUCGACGGCCAGAGCCCCCAGAACUCUGUGCUGCCAUUUUCUAAACGCUCAAUGAGCAGCUCCUCUCAUGGGAAUCUGUCACAGAUGUCGUUCACCUCUGGUGAGUUCCACAGCGCCGACGAGGUGGAGAGUCCGGUUCACGCCCGGCCCGGGAAGAUCGAGGGAAGGCGGUCCAACAGCAGCACGGACAUUCAAGCUCUGAGGACCCAGGGCCCGUUCCGGACCUGGACCACGAGCAGCCAGGGAGGGGGGAUGUGCAGCGAUUCGGAGAGCGUGGGGGGCAGCAGUGAAUCCCGCUCCAUGGACUCCCCCACGGCCAGCCCAGGUGACUUUAAAAGAAGGCUUCCCAGGACUCCUUCCACAGGCACCAUGUCCUCCGCUGAUGACCUGGAUGACCGAGAACCUCCGUCCCCUUCAGACAACGGCCUCAGUGAGAUGGUAACUGAGACGGCCAGUUCCCCCGGACCCUUCCGGAACGCGCAGAUGUCCAAGGCUGCGCAGACCCACAAGCUGCGGAAACUGCGGGCGCCUUCCAAGUGCCGGGAGUGCGACAGCCUGGUGGUGUUUCACGGAGCAGAGUGUGAGGAGUGUUCUCUGGCCUGCCAUAAGAAGUGUCUUGAAACGCUUGCGAUUCAAUGCGGCCACAAGAAACUCCAAGGAAGGCUGCAUCUUUUCGGGAUUGAUUUCACCCAGGCGGCCAAAAACAACCCGGAUGGAAUUCCAUUUAUUAUCAAAAAGUGCACCUCUGAGAUUGAAAACCGGGCUCUAAAUAUCAAGGGUAUCUACCGAGUAAAUGGAGCAAAAUCUCGAGUAGAGAAGCUCUGCCAAGCUUUUGAAAAUGGCAAAGAUUUGGUGGAACUAUCUGACCUGUACCCUCACGAUAUCAGCAACGUCCUCAAGCUGUACCUGCGGCAGCUGCCGGAGCCAUUGAUCUUGUUCCGUUACUACAACGACUUCAUCGGCCUGGCAAAAGAGUGCCAGAGGAUCAUCGUGGAGCAGGCUGAAGACAAUUCCCAAAUGAGCAUCGAGCUGAACCGCGUCAUCUUCAAGAUCAGGGACCUACUGCGUCAGCUGCCCCCAGCCCACCAUAAAACCCUGCAGUUCCUCAUAGGGCACCUGUACAGGGUGACGGAAAAAGCGGACGAGAACAAAAUGACCGCCAGCAACCUGGGAAUCAUUUUCGGGCCGACUCUGAUCAAGCCCAGGCAGACGGACGCCGAGGUCUCCCUGUCCUCCCUGGUGGACUACCCUUACCAGGCCCUGAUCGUGGAGCUGCUCAUCCGCUACUACGAGAAGAUCUUCGACGUGCCCCUGAGCCCGGUGUCCAUCUCCCCCUCGGCCGGGGAGAGAUCCCCUCUGCCCUCUAAAGUCCGGGAGUUGCGGCUGACCCCCCAGGAGAAGGAGCAGCACCUAAGCCGCCACUCAAAGUCUCUGGUUGACAUUAAAGAGCAGAGUGCAAAAGUGUAUAAAAGGCACUCAUCUAUAAUUCCUUCCACUCAUUUGCUGGAUGAAGUUAAGGAAGUAAAACCAAUGCCAGACGGGUUGGAGUUUGCACCCGCUAUGGAUGCGAAUUCAGAGAACGGUCUUUUGUCGAAGAGCCUGUCGGAAGUCCAGAGGUCCAACUUUGUGUUCAGCAAGUCUAGUCACAGCACCACCAAAGUCCAGCUGCGUGCCCCGCGGGACAAGCUAAUUUCCCGGCCAAUCAGCAUGCCUGUGGAGCGGCUGCUCAACCCGGCCCUGGUCAACGAGAGGAACUCCCGAAACGCCAUGGAGACGGAGCGGAACCCUGCCAUACAGGAGGUGACCGAACCUGAGAAGCCCGGCUCUCGAGUGAGCACCUAUUACCGCAAGACUUACAUCGACACCCACACUCUCAGGCGAACUUGGGACAAGCAGUACAAGCAUUACGACGUCACCCCGAGGACAGCUAUGAUCAUGGCCAACGUGCCCUCAGGCGGCGUGUCGGCCGGUACCUCCACCUUGUCGGCCUCCCUGCCGGCUUCGUACACCUCCAGCACCACCAGCACCAUACUCGCCAACAAGCCAUACACCGUCGCGGUGAGACCGGGGAGGACGUUGAAACGGGACGAGAACGGUGGCGAGCCGGACCCUGCGUCCAGGGCGUUCCGGGCCUCUCGGACUCUGCAGCCCCCGCCGGGGACUUUUUACAAACCGCCGCAGAGCGUCCGGACCAAGAAGCCGGAGGAGGAGCCGGGGGCAAAGAGCGGCGGGGAAGUAGCCGUCGGCGUGGAGCCCACUGCCGUGGGGGCGGAGGACCUUGUAGACGCGUCCCCCGUAGACGCGUCCCCCGUAGAUGCGUCGCCCGUAGAUGCGUCGCCCGUAGACGCGCCCCCCGUAGACGCGCCCCCUGUAGACGCAUCCCCCGUGGACGUGGCCCCCGUCACCCCCCCUCCACCUCAGUUGCUCGCCUCCAGCCCCGAGGAGCUCAGCCAAAGCGAAGCCAAGCCAGUGUACCAGAGACUCCGCCCACGGCGCCUGCAGGAAUGCGAGCACAGGGAAGCACACUUUGUGUGACUGCUCGUAGCUUAUACGUCGCAAUUAUAUGCAACAAAUUGUUCUGCGUAUGCGUAUACAUGCAUACCUACAUGUAUACGCAUGCGGUUUGUGCCAUAUUCUGUAUGAAAAGAAACCACUUAAAUAUUUUCGACAACUGUGAAUAUGUACCAUUUAAGUGUUACAUAUAUUAAUAUAUUAUCUGUUAUGCCACAGUUUGUGCUGGCAGGAGCGAGUAGUGGUUCCUGAGUUAAAGCAGGGUGCACUUAGUGUAAGACAAUGUGUGUAUUUAUUAGUUAUUUAACACAAUAGUCACGGCAUCUUUUUUUAAGUGUAUACAGGAAUUAAAUUAGGCCGUAUAAUCAAAACCUGCAUUAUCCAGUACUGCCAUUUCUAUAGUAACUAUAAAUUAUUAAACAUAAAACAAUAUAUGAUCUUUUUGUAAGUUGUAUUACAUUUUUUCUACUUUUACAGUUACAGGAAAGGCAACGUUGGUUUCUCUUAUACUGUGCAAUGGCUUUUUAAUUAGGAAGACAUGAACUGUAAUGUUAAACAUUUCUCAAUGCAGAAUCCUUUUAUAAAGUAUUUUUUUCUCCUGCAUUUGUGUGUUUAUAUGCCAAAACCCAAUUACAACAUUGCAUGUAAUGUCACUUUAUUACUGUUACGAUGCACUUACAUAUUUUUAAUGUAUUCGAUGCAUCUUUUCAGACAAUAGUUUCAGUACAGUAUAUUUCCAGUGGAACACAGUGCAGUCUAAUAUGUGAAUGCAUAAGCCUUCGCUUUGAUUAAGCUACAGUAAGUGUGUCUGAUAAUUUAUGUCAACUAUAUGUAUCUGUUCAUAUUUUGUAAAUAUAACCUGCAAGGAGUAUCUGUUGCAGAAUUUACUUAAAUGUAUUAACUUUCUUUCCACUUACAAUUUUCUGAGAAUAUACGCCUCUUUUUUUGUAAAUUAUUAAAAGUGUAGAUGACAACAAAAAAAGGAAAUGUUGACGACGAUGCUUGUUUUUUAAUACUUUUGAUAAAUGGUUUGGUUUCCAAGUUCAGUUAUUUUGUUUUAUUUUAAAAGGAGGUUACAUUGAUGCUAUACCUACCACAGGUAAUAUAGUGAUGUUCUUUCAGUUGUUGAGAAAGAGUCUCAACUUUAAGGGAGAUGAUCAAAUAAUGACUGAUACUGGCAAUAAUUAAGUAUGGCAUUUGAACAGACAUACACUUUGAGUCAAUGGAAUAUCAUGAAAUUUAAUUAACAAGCCAAUUAAAUUAACAAGCCAAUUAAACAAAUAAAACAUUUAUACUGUUAGGAUCAAUGGAUAUUUCUUUCAUCUAACUGCUGGCAGUUAAGAUUAAGGGGGUCAAAUCACUGCUAUUGUGUAUUGCCCAAAGCAAUUUGAUUUCUGCUGUAUUUUACAACUGUUUUAAAUUAUCUUUUUAUGAUUCAGUGUCUUAGCUAUUCAUAUUUCAGUGUGUUUGCCAUACAACCCUUGUUUGUACAAUUAAUUGAAUGAUGUGUAUUUCAUGGCAGUAUUAUACAUUAUUAAACAAAAAAAAGUUCACCUCCAACAA